AUGACGGAUUGUCCUAGAUCGCUGUGCCAGUGCCUGUUCCAGUUCCAGUGCCCGUUCCAGUGCCUGUUCCAGUACCCGUUCCAGUGCCCGAUUCUGCUUCAGAUCCUGAACUUGAUUCAGAGUCAACUGGGACCAAAAGCAGAAUCUAAAGCCCAGUUUCAAAAAGAAGCCACCAUGCGUCCGAUACAAGGGUUCUUCCUGGCCGUUCUGGCCUCACUGGUGGUCCUGUCUAUGCAGGCAAGUACUUCAGACGACAGCUCGUCGUCAAGCAGUACUUCUCCAACGAGUAGUAGCUCCACUUCCCCGACGAGCAGCAGCUCCACUUCCCCGUCGAGCAGCAGCUCCACUUCCCCGUCAAGCAGCAGCUCCAGUUCCGACACUACGGCUACGACGACCACGACGGCGGCUCCAACUACAACCACAACAGAUGCCACCACCACCACCGAGACCACCAAGAAGCACCAUCGCCGCCGUCACAGGCGCCGGCGCAUCAUAAUUAUUCGCCGUGAGCGUGAAGGACGAGAUGGCGGGCGGCGCAGGAGGGAGCGAGGUGAUGGCCGCGUUGUGAGGCGUAUCCGUGUGCGAGAGCGUCGUCUCGGUCGCUCGGCACGUCGCUUCUUUUGA